AGAGCAUGUUCUCCUUCUGAACUUCCUUCUUUUUAACAGCAGUCAGGCUACAUGGUUCACUGUAACUGUGCUAAAACCCCCUCAUUUCGUUGUGAAAUCACUCGUUCACUUGGGAAGGAGUUUGUGAACAUGGUGACAGUCGGCAUGUUAUCGGUUCUCCUCUUUGUUUCAGGUGCUUUGGCAGACUGUACAAAACAACCAGCACUCUCCAUAACUGCACCAAAGAAGCUGGAAGCACUGAGCGGAUCUUGUUUGCAAAUCCCAUGUAACUUCAGACCCAAAGACGAACAGACAUUUAUCAGCACAAGAAAAAUCUUUGGAGUGUGGAUUAAAAAUGAUUCUAGAUUUGGCAAAAAUUCAAAAAAUGUGAUCUUCAACAGUAGUGGAGCAGAUAGCAUCUAUCCAAUGAGUAUUACUGGGAACUUGAGUCAGAGAGACUGCACCACUCUGUUUUCUAAUUUAAACACCACAUACACAGACACAUACUUCUUCAGAGUAGAGAGAGAAAGAUUCAAGGCGACAGCUUCUUGUGAUCCUCUUCAAAUAACAGUCAGAGAUUCUCCUUGGAGGCCCAAUAUUACAGUCUCAGGUGAUCUGAAGGAGAAGGAGUCUGUCACUAUAACCUGCUCAGCUCUCACUCCCUGUCCACACUCCCCUCCUCAACUCACCUGGAAUCUCCAACAAGACUCUCCCAACAAAAUAGAGGAAAACACAGAUGGAAGCUUUACAACUAAAAUCCAGCAGAACAUCACUCUGUCAGACACACAUGAUGGAAAGAAGAUCAGCUGCUCUGCCAGAUAUCCUGUGAACCAAGGAAACGACACCAAGACAGCAGAGACAGAAGAGACUCUCAGUGUUUCAUAUGCUCCUAAAGACACCUCAGCAUCCAUCAGUCCAUCAGGUUUGGUGUCAGCAGGCAGCUGGGUGAACCUGACCUGCUCCAGCAGAGCCAAACCUCCAGUCAGCAGCUUCACCUGGUUCAAGAAGAGCAGAGAUGGAGCUGUGAAAGUAUCUGAAGGAGAGAUUUACAGCUUCAAUGUAACAGAUGGAGGAGUUUAUUACUGUGUGGCCACUAAUGAUCUGGGUAAUCAGACAUCAGCAGAGAUUCAUCUUAAUAUUUCAGGAACUGAUACGUGGUGGGCUGCUGUUGGAGGGAUCCUUGGGAUCAUCACACUUAUUUGUUUGGUUUUCAUCAUUUGGCGGCUGAAGUCAGUCAAACAUGGAGCUUCCGAUCAGACACAGAGUCUGUCUCUCCAAGAAGCAGCCAGAACAGCAGAAAAUGAAGACAUCCAUUAUGGACAGAUUGACUUCUCCAAGCAGAGACCCGGACCUUCUUUAGACCGAUUGCAGGACAGCACACAGCAGCAGGAUGUGGUGUAUUCACAGGUCAAAGAGUGCAAGACUCAAAGCAGAGACAGGCCAUCAGAGACAGCUGAUGGCCCAGAGUGUAUCUACGCUCAAGUGCAGAAGAAAUGAGUGUGGAAGUGUCUGUUGGUGAAAAAGCACUUCCAUACAAUAUUUCUUUUAAAAAGGUACUUUGAAGUGAAGUUUGAUUAGCUGUUUAUCUCCAGUAAAAUAUUUAUUAUUAUUUUUUAUCAUUUCGUGUAUUUUUGUGUAUUUAUCAUAAGUUUAUCAUAUAUAUUUUAUUUUUAAUGUUCCUAAAAUGAAGAUGAUGCACAGUUAUCAAAUUUUCUCUUUAAUGGCUUGGCAUUCAAGUGAAAUAUACUUUUGUAUUUAUUGAGCCAAAAUAUUGUGUUCUUGGAGGAGAAGCAAAACUGCAAAAUGUUGCAUGAAAUUAGCUUCUUACAUUUAUUAACCUUCCCAAAUUAAUUUAUCAUGUUUUACUCUGAAGUUUUACUUAUAACCCACAGUAAAUAUCACACUAACACCCUCACAAUUCCUAAUACACUGUUUAUUUAAAAAAUGGGGAUGUGCAAUGUUUACUUUAUUAGGUACACAUUGCUAGUAUUGGGUUGGCCUCCCUUUUGCCAGUCUUAAUUCUUUGUGGCAGAGAUUUAACACGGUGUUGGAAACAUUUUUCUUAAUUUUGCAACAUUUUGUAUCACAGCUGCUGUGGAAGGCAUUUGAGUAAAACUCAUUCUAUUAUUAAAAAAACACAAUCUGA